CUUGACUCGACGCCUUGCUCCUGACUCCCAUCAUGCCUAUGCUCGCGGACCCCUCCCAAAAGUACCGCCCUUACACCCCUCUUAAUAUCCCCGAUCGCCAAUGGCCCUCCAAGACGCACACCAAGGCGCCUAUAUGGCUGUCGACUGACCUGCGCGAUGGGAACCAGGCCCUCGCAAAUCCCAUGACGAUUGAGCAAAAGACUGUCUUCUUCAAGCAGCUCGUCAAGACGGGCGUGAAGGAGAUCGAGGUCGCCUACCCCGCAGCGAGCGACACCGACUUCAGCUUCGUGCGCGGGCUGAUCGAGAAGGGAGAGGUUCCGGACGAUGUGUGGAUACAGGUCUUGACGCCAGCUCGCGAAGACCUGAUCAAGCGAACGAUCGACGCUGUGGCGGGCUGCAAGCAGGCGAUCCUCCACAUGUACAACGCCACCUCCCCCCUCUUCCGCGACGUCGUUUUCCGCAACUCGAAGGAGCAGACCAUCGACCUCGCCGUGCGCCAUACCAAAAUUGUGCGCCAGCUGACCGAGGAGUGCACCGCGAAGCACGGAACCAAGUUCAAGUAUGAAUACAGUCCGGAAACUUUCACACAGACAGAACCGGACUUUGCCAUCGAAAUCUGCGAGGCGGUCAAGGCUGCUUGGGGAAAGGCAGGGACGGGUGAGGAGCGGAUCAUCUUCAACCUCCCCGCCACAGUUGAGAUCGCGCCACCCAAUCACUACGCGGAUCAGAUUGAGAACUUCAGCCGCAAGAUCAGCGAGCGGGAGAAGGUCAUCAUCAGUCUGCACCCACAUAACGAUCGUGGCACUGGCAUCGCAGCUGCAGAGCUCGGUGUUCUUGCUGGCGGCGAUCGUAUCGAGGGCUGUCUGUUCGGCAAUGGCGAGCGCACCGGCAACGUCGAUCUCGUUAACCUUGCCCUCAACCUAUAUACCCAAGGAAUCUCACCCGGGUUGGACUUCAGUGAUAUCCAGGAGACGAUCGACGUCGUUACACAGUGCAACGACCUUCCCGUUCACCCUCGGCAUCCCUACGCUGGCGAGCUCGUCUUCACAGCGUUCUCCGGCUCUCACCAGGACGCCAUCAAGAAGGGCUUCGAGGUACAGAAGAAGAAGCACGCGGAGGCCGCCGCGAAGGGCGAGCCACAAAUAUGGAGCAUGCCCUACCUCCCCAUCGACCCCGCUGACCUCGGGCAGAACUACGAGGCCGUCAUCCGCGUCAACUCGCAGUCCGGGAAGGGCGGAAUCGCAUACCUCAUCAAGCAGCACCUCAACCUCGACUUGCCGCGCAAGAUGCAGGUCGCGUUCUAUCAGGUCGUACAGGCGAUCUCGGAUCGCGAGGCGCGCGAAAUGACCGUCGACGACAUCACCACCGCCUUCCGCAAGACGUACAACUUUGGCGGGCCUGCGUACCGCGGUCGCCUGACGCUGCGCAACUUCAAGAUCUCCGGCGAGCCCCUCGCGGACCCGACAGACAACUCGGGCGACGAGGACGAGCGCAGGAGGUUUGACGGCACGCUCUCCGUCGACGGUGUCUUGCGCGUCAUUCGCGGCGACGGAAAUGGGCCGCUGUCUGCCCUGCUCGACGCCCUCCGCACGCACCUGGACAUCGACCUCACCGUGCGCGAGUACUCGGAGCACACAAUCGGCGAGGGCGGCGACGCGAAGGCGGCCUCCUACGUUGAGCUCGUCCCCGCGGGCGACCGCAAGUCCGCGCAGUCCUGGUGGGGUGUCGGCAUCGAUUCUGACAUCGCCGGCUCCGGCCUGCGCGCGCUGCUCAGCGCCGCGAACAGCGCGAUCGGCGACCGCCCGCUGCCCGAGCUCAAGCUCUCCCUCGGUGUCACCUCGCGCUCGAGCCAGGACGACGUCGGGAGCGUGAUCGUCAACAGCCUCGGCCUCGAGCUCCCGCGCCGCUUCUCGGGCGACUUCUUCGAGGUCGUGCAGCGGCACGCGCGCGACACGGGCGGGGAGAUCACGUUCGAUGCGCUCACAAACCUGUUCAAGACGACGUACGGGUAUGAGCUGCCGGACGCGGCGCCCGCGUUGGGCGUGAAGUCGUUCACGUUGGAGAACAUCGGCGAGGGCAAUCGCCGGCGGCUGCAUGGGCAGUUUGUGGUGAAGGGCCACUCGCGCUCGGUCAGCGGCGAGGGCAAUGGGCCUCUGUCCGCGGCGCUGGCGACGCUGCACAAGCAGAUCGAGGGUACGCUGUCGAUUAGGGAGUACUCGGAGCACUCGGUUGGGGAGGGCACGGAUGUGUCCGCUGCGUCGUACGUCGAGCUGGUGUACGAGGCACCUGGCCAGAAGAAGCGGUCGGCGUGGGGUGUAGCGAACGAUACGGAUAUCACGGCGUCAGGUAUCAAGGCGGUCCUGAGCGCGGCGAGCAGGCUGGAUCUGGUCACAAAGCCGGUCCUCAAUGGGCACUAGCCACCUUUCAACGACGCUGUAUUCACCCCUGUAGCAUACGAAUAUCUACACAAAAUGUAUGACUGCUUACAACACCAUCUCUGGAUUCUCAUGUCCUCCCCCGGCUCACGUCCUCGAUCAGCGGUAUACAUGUCAAACCUUCGUACUGGAGCCCGGUUCGAACAUUGUCCAGCGGAAGACGAACGGCACGUCACAUUCGUCACAGUCGAGCC